AUGAAGUUCCUUCAUUAUUAUCAGAUUGAACGUUUUUCUUUUCUUGUCGGUAUUUUCUCUUGUAUUCAUUUAGCUUCUCUAUUAUUUUGGUAUAAAAUUUUAUUUUUAGUACGUACGUAUUCUUUCUUUAUUUUGUAUCUUGUAAUUACGCUUAUAUUCACGUAUCCUUUCUUUAUUUUUCUGUCUAUAUUCUUUAAAAUAUUCACUCCUGUCAUUCACCAUGUCUCCUUUAUCUGUUUCCUUUGUAUUUUUUAA